AUGUCGGACCCAUUUUCUGUUAACGGUGGUACAGCUGUUGCCAUGGUAGGUAAAGACUGUAUAGCAAUUGCUUCAGAUAUGAGAUUAGGAUCACAAUCAUUGGGAGUUUCUAAUAAUUUUGAAAAGAUUUUCAAUUACGACAAUGUUUUCUUUGCACUUACAGGAUUGGCAAGUGAUGUGAUCACGGUCCACGAGGAUUUCCGUAAGAAGACAAACAUGUACAAGAUGCGUGAAGGUCGUAACAUUGAACCUGAGACGUUUGCGAACUUAGUCAGUUCGAGUUUAUAUGAGCGUCGAUUUGGACCAUGGUUUGUCGGGCCAAUCGUUGCUGGGUUGAAUAGCAAGAGUGGUAAGCCGUUUAUUUGUGGAUUUGACUCUAUCGGUUGUAUUGAUUUUGCCAAGGAUUUCAUUGUUUCCGGUACUGCCAGCGACCAACUAUUUGGUAUGUGUGAAUCGUUAUACGAACCAGAUCUGGAACCAGAGGAUCUAUUUGAAUGUAUCUCGCAAUCGUUGUUAAAUGCUGCAGAUAGAGAUGCAUUAAGUGGAUGGGGAGCUGUUGUUUAUAUUGUUACGAAGGACAAGAUUAUUAAACGAUACUUAAAAUCUAGACAAGAUUAA